CUGAUUUGAUAAAAGUGAUUCGCUUUGAAGUGAAUGUAUUUGGACGCUAUUGAGGCUCUAAAAAUUAAUCAACCAGAACAUCCCAAAACUGUAAUUAACUUAAAAGGGAUUUAUGGUUUCUCCGUUAACACAACACGCCGUUAAUCCCUUAUUCACCAUCAUUUCAGCACCAUGUUGUCAUUUUUUACCAUUUUGUCGUUUACUCCGUCAAAUAGUCAAAAGGCUUUGUCAACACAAUGAAAACAUCACUAAAUAAAUAGUAAAUAUAAUAUUCAUGUGUAUAUAUAACAAUUCGCCGAAGAGAGGAGGAGCCAGGAAAAGGGCAUAUAAAAUGGUAGAGAUUCCGAGAAGAUUUAACAUACUCGCUGCGGCUUUUGAUGUCGAGGCGGCGCGUGCACGUCCGCCGUGCGAUAGCAGCAGCGGAAGCGAUCACUUCCCUGAUGAGACAGCCGAUCUUUGGGAUCUGGUCGAAUCUUUUAUGGACAGCGAAGUGAAAGCUUUACCAGAGGAUAUUCCUGUGGAAGAUAAAGAUGAUAAGUCUGACGUUGAUGAUGAUUAUGAAGAUGUGAAGGAGAGGUUACGGGAGAUUUGUGAAAAUCUCGGUGGCGGCGGAGAGCGGCAGAGAAUAAUCGAGGAGGUAGUAAAUGCGAGUGAGAUCGUCGGACAGAAACGCCUCUUGAUGGCUUAUUUACGCGACAAAGGUUUCGAUGCAGGUCUUUGCAAGUCCAAGUGGGAGAGAUUUGGCAAGAACACGGCCGGGAAGUACGAGUACGUUGACGUUAAUCGAGGAGAUAAGAACCGCUUCAUCGUCGAGACAAAUCUUGCCAGCGAAUUCGAGAUUGCUAAGCCUACGACAAGAUACCUUUCUCUCUUAGCUCAACUACCACGUGUCUUCGUGGGAACACCUGAAGAGCUGAAAAAGUUUGUAAGAAUCAUGUGCUUUGAGAUAAGACGGUCGAUGAAGCGAGCGGAGAUUCACGUGCCACCGUGGAGGAGGAACGCCUACAUGCAAGCCAAGUGGUUUGGUCACUAUAAACGAACCUCUAAUGAAGUGGUAACUAGGGUUAAGAGCUGUGGCUGUGGACCACGUGUUGGGUUUGAGGGGUUGGUUAAAACGGCAACGUUUAACGGCUAUAAGGAGGUGGAGAGGAAGAGGCAGGGUUUAAAAGUUGGCCAGCUCACGGUGGCUUUCACCGGCAGUGGGGUGAGGUUGUCAUAGUCAAAGAACAAAGCAUAGGGCUUUGCGAGUUUAUAGUUGUGAGUUUUGAAUUACUUUGUAAAUAUAAGAUAAGUUUGAAGUGAGGGGUGUCACAGAAGCAAUCAUCAUCUAUUAUAAAGUUGUAGAUUGUGUUUCUCUAGCAGCGUAUAUGUUAAUUUUUAGUUGGGCC